GUGGAGGGCGUUUAUUUUGUAGCGCACAUAAGUAGAGCUGGCGUUAGCGACACGGUAGUUGGGUGGCUUUAACUAGCCACAUAUUUUCAAGCUACUAAAGUCGUAUUUUCGCUUUGAAGCAAACGACGUCUUGGUGAGACCAUCAUGAACCGGUUUAAUCAACCAGGCAGUCACAGGACUCUGCCGUUCACCCGGACAUCGCACCUUGGAACAUGCAAACAAGACCUGGAAAGAGAUUCAGGCUUCUCAGAUGCUAGCUCGGAGUACCUCAGCACAGUCGAAGUGACUGACUCUGAAGAUGCAGCAAGAAAUGGGUCAAUAGUCAGCCAGGAGCCAACUGGUCCACAGGUGGCUGUGAUGGGAGGUUCAUACACUGGACUGUCUCCAAUGAUCAUCAUGAACAACUUCGUGUUAAAGCAGCAAUCAUCCACAGCUCCAGCAGAAAAACAGUGGAACUUUCCUUCACCGUUGGAAAUAAUGCCUCAGUCACAAGUGGUUCUUCUUCAACCCAUGCUAUCAAAUGACAACAACAGCUCUCCUAAGACUGGCUCUGAAAACACGCGUCAGUCAAAAAGCUACAUGCCCAUCCUCAAAUCAUAUCCCAAAAUUGCCCCGCAUCCCAUGGACACACCCUCUAAGAGGGUAGGAUCCUCAAGGGAGAGGGGGAGUACAUCAGCAGGAUAUAACCAGCGACAGAGGAGGCAUCAUCAUGGCCACAGGGUGUACAGCACCCCCAGCCCCCUGUCAGCACUGCAGAUGACAGCCCAAACCACAUCCAACUUUGAAGCACCAACAAACCAAGCAGAGAGUCAAGAGCAGCUUAUCAAGUCUUUUUCCUCACAGGUAGGAACCAGCUCCCUGCCCUCCUACACAGAUGAAUUUAGGACUCUAGCAGGAGACAACAGGAUGCUUGAUGACGAAUUCGAGGAUGAGGACUCGAUGCGCACUAAUAAGGAGAAACGCUUCAGCAAUACCUACAACAUACUCAACAAGUCCGGCUUGCUGGGGAUCACCAUGCGCACAAAGCAGCUGAUCAAAGAGAAUAAGCGCACCCAAGACCAGCUGCAGCAGCUUCAGGAGCAGACGACUCUGCUGCUGGAGGCUCUGAGCAGUGGAAACCCACAACUCUGGACUAAACUCCAGCUUUCUCUCCAGGACACAGAAAAGGAACAGUGGGGGGCGAAACCGCAGAGCAUCCUAGCUUAAAAUAUGUACGGACAUAAUUAGUAGUCCUGAAUCUGGAGACGAGGAUUAAUCAGGAGGCCACAGGGUGAUUUAAUAAAUGUGGACAAAUUGUGUUAAAUAUACUCUUGAACUAAACUUUAAGCUUUCAGACCUUUAUCAGUAGGCUGUAGGUAUUAAUCAUUUUCUGCAGCAAAGUCAAGAAAUUAGACAGUUUUGGAGCAGCUGGUUGGAUAUAAAACUAAAGGUCUGUCUCAUAUUGCACGUUGUUGUUCCGACGACAUCAGAAUUGAUAUUACUCCAGGACCGUCACUUCAAACGACCAGUCACAUUGUUGGGAUGCAGUAGCUCUGCAACUUUGUGAUAAAGGAUUGUGAAAAACCAGCAGAAGUGAUAUGGGAAGUCAAAAGCUAUUUCCAGCUGCUCCCUUGUCACAAGGGUCCCCACAGUGGGUAGUUCCACAUGUUUGAUUUGGCAGAGUUAUUAUUCCAGAUGCAACCCUAAAGGGGAUUUCUGUCUCCAGCCUAAAUAUCAUUACGGAGUUGGAGAAUGGGAAUUCAGAAAAUGUGACGUAAAGAGCAAGAAAGCCUGUAUAGAUGACAUAUCAGGGUAGAUGAAUAGGUUAUAUUCAGUCAUAUAGUGCUGAUCUGCCCAACCAAACAUCUUCACAGGAUAGCAGUAAUUAUAUUUGCUGCUUGUGGUGAUAUUUCCUAUACUUCUUACCCUUAGCAGUGUCAACAGUGACUGGGCUAGUAGAGCAGAAGAUAUCAUUGGCAUGCUUAACAAGUGUUUGUGUUUUUACUCUCAGUCCCAGAAGAGGAAGGCAAAAAUUUGCACUUCUGGUUUAAGCUUAGGCAAUGAAACUACAUAGCUACAUUUAUGGGGAAAAGGGGGGGUUGCAGUUGCAGUUUUAACUGCAUGUUAGAAAAGGGCAGAGUCAUUUGCUCUUUUUCUCUUAGUUGCACAGUCAUGACACAACAAUGUAAUCGGUCCACAGACACUAAAACGCUGACAUCAGAUCGUGCUGAGGUCGAAGCAGCCGUUCUUAUGAGAUGGGAGUUAGGAAGCAUGCUUGUAUUUCAAACCCUUGCCUAUAAUGAAUUUUCUUGCCUCUUCUGUUUCAAAAUAGCAAGUAUCACUUGCAAUAGGGCUAUGGCUUCUGUGUCAAACUCCUAAGUGUAGGGAUGCACUGAUUGUGAAGUACUGACACCAGUGUUUAGCCGAUAGCCCAGGCUGAUCCGUUUUUAUUUUUCUCUUUGUUUUGUUGAAAAGUUGCAAAUGUUUAAAAUUCUUUCAUACUUUGUCACGCUACCUUUUCUCAUUAAACCAGCUCAAAAUUGAUGGCACACUGUAGAUAAACACUGGCCUCUCAAUUUGAUAAGUGUUGUCUUACGUGCUGAGAAGCCAGUGGUCAUCCAUAUGAUUGAUUUCAGUUCGUAAUGAUGUUCGGUCAAUAUAUCGGUGCAUCCCUACUUGAUUGCAUUAAUGCAUGCCUUACAGCACAUACGAAGACACAUGGGGUUUACUCCUUAUAUGUGGCAUGAAUGUUGUUAGUGUGGAGAAAGUAUGAGGGUUAUUUACUUCUUAGAUCAAAUCCAUCUUUCAUCUUUAUUCAGCAGGUUCCUGUGGUCUUUGUUUUUCUUUAUCCUUUAUUUCUAAACUGGUAAAUCAAACUGAUAGAGCUGAUGCAUCUUUUGUAGGAAGUGUCUUUUCAAACAGUGUCUGAUUCACAGAGAGUUCAGAUGGCUUGCUCGUUUAAUGGAAGUUUAUUUGGUGUCAGUAUUAUUUAUUUGUAAUGAUGUUUCUGACCAAGACUAAAGUUGUGUGAAUACUGUAAACAGAGAUUAUUGCACGGAUUUUGCCAGUUCUGGUAAAGUAAGCUUCUUUUUUUUAAUUAAUAUUAUUAUUAUUAGAUAGAAACUUCAUACCUACAGCUUGUAGCAGGUGAUGUGCUGUAGCCAUAUAACUGUGUUGCCUUUGGAUUUGUUGCUCUCAUGUUCAUUCCUGCUAUAAUUUUUGCUUAUUAUUUAGUAUUAAUUUAAACUUUAAGACAAUGAAGUGGGCUUGUUUUGUUUCAUUUCUCAGAUUUCUGAGUUGCCUCUAAACAUAAGCAUAAGAUAAUGUGAAUAUAAAUGUUUAUCAGAAGCCCUGCACCUCUUUUUUUUUAAGUUAAUGUUGUAUGUUAUGUCAAUGCUUGAGCAGCUAAGAUUUCUUUAUUUCUUUUUGAGCUUAAUUUGGGAGAAAGUUUAAUAUACUUAAGGGUUUCCAAAGAUGUAUUCUUCUUCUUUGAAGUUGUAUAACAACUGUGUGGUUAGAUAAUGCAUUCAAAGUUACAGUAUAGAAAUCAUAAACACAAGUUAAAUAUUAAGUCUAGGUUCACUUUGAUUUGUUUUCAGAACCACGAUUUGCAUACCCCAACAUUAGUAAUUAACCUGAAUAUUAAAAAUGAAUCAAAAGCAGUCUUGGUUUUAAAGGGGCAAAAGGAGGGUGGCAAAUUAUUACAGUUUGGAUACUUUUUUUUUCUUAUAUUGUCAAGUGUGCUUUGUGUAAAACUGUUGGAAGACCAGUGUGUCAUUAUUAAAGACAAUAAUUAAUCA